ACUGUCAGCCAAAAGGUUUUGUCAAAAAGUAAAAAUUUGCUAUUUCAACGAAAUACCCAUUUAUACAAAAUUAAAUAUUAUUAUCGUCUGAAUAUUACCAAAAGGAUUACGCGUGUGGCCGAUUCGUGUGUGCAUCAAUUUAGUGUGUAGCAUUUAAAUUAGGUUUUUCUUAUCAAAUUGUUCAAAUUGAAAGUGUUUUAUAGUGUCGAAUUGUGGGUGAGAAAAUUGAUUUCCAUCAAAUAAAAGAAGAAGAAGCCCCGAAGAAGUAAAAAAAAAAUUUCUUGUUACAAAUAAUUGUGUGCCGAUCCAAAUUGUGUUUGAUUGCAAAUUGACGAUGAAUUUAAUGCAAAAGUAGAAGGAAUGUGUUGUGCUUUCCCACAAUUGUUGGGCAAUAGCAAUGGGAGCGCAGCAAGUGAAAGAAAAUACGUCGGCGAGUACUUUAGGGGCUGGUACGUCUAUUAGAGCCAGCCGAAUCAAAUCCAGAGUACCAAAGGAUGGCCGACUGAUUGGAUCAAACAUUUUUACAGAACAUAGCGAAGCGCUUCUUCAAUCUCGUCCACUUCCACACAUACCGCCACCGGGUAGCCAGCUCAACUUGGACAGUGAACAUCUACAACAAGGCCAAGAUGGUUCCGCAUUUUCACAGAGUAGUUCAAAAGUGCCGUGUAGCUUCGAAACAGCUAAUCGAUGGACGUCCAAAGAAAAUCUCUUAGCUCCCGGUCCCGAAGAAGACGAUCCGCAAUUGUUCGUAGCACUGUACGAUUUUACGGCCGGCGGUGAAAAUCAAUUGAGUUUGCGAAAGGGCGAACAGGUGCGAAUAUUGUCGUAUAACAAGUCGGGCGAAUGGUGUGAGGCUCAUGCGGAUUCGGAAUUGGUAGGAUGGGUACCAUCAAACUAUGUAACGCCAGUGAAUUCACUCGAAAAACAUUCAUGGUACCAUGGUCCGAUAUCACGAAAUGCAGCUGAGUAUUUACUGAGUUCUGGUAUCAAUGGAAGUUUCUUAGUGCGUGAAAGCGAAAGUUCGCCUGGUCAACGAAGUAUUAGUUUAAGAUAUGAAGGACGAGUUUAUCAUUAUAGGAUAUCAGAAGAUUCUGAUGGAAAAGUAUACGUAACUGUCGAAGCCAAAUUUAACACAUUAGCUGAGCUAGUACAUCACCAUAGUGUUUUACAUGAGGGUCACGGUUUAAUUACCCCAUUGUUAUAUCCAGCACCAAAGCAAAAUAAACCAACAGUAUUCCCGUUGAGUCCCGAACCGGACGAAUGGGAAAUAUGUCGAACUGAUAUUGUGAUGAAGCAUAAAUUGGGCGGUGGACAGUACGGCGAAGUCUAUGAAGCUAUUUGGAAACGGUAUGGCAAUACCGUUGCGGUUAAAACGUUGAAAGAAGACACAAUGGCUUUAAAGGAUUUCCUGGAGGAGGCAGCCAUUAUGAAGGAAAUGAAACAUCCGAAUCUGGUCCAGUUGAUAGGCGUUUGCACGCGUGAACCUCCGUUCUACAUUAUUACCGAAUUCAUGAGUCAUGGAAACUUGCUGGACUUUCUACGGGGUGACGGUAGAGAAACGCUUGACGCAGUAGCUCUGCUGUACAUGGCCACACAAAUAGCAUCCGGAAUGAGUUAUUUGGAAAGUCGAAAUUACAUUCAUCGAGACUUGGCUGCUCGAAAUUGCCUGGUCGGUGACAAUAAUUUAGUCAAAGUUGCCGAUUUCGGCUUGGCGCGGCUAAUGCGAGACGAUACCUAUACGGCACAUGCAGGUGCCAAAUUUCCUAUCAAAUGGACAGCGCCAGAGGGUUUAGCUUACAACAAAUUCAGUACGAAAUCGGAUGUAUGGGCCUUUGGGGUGCUGUUGUGGGAAAUUGCGACUGCAGGCAUGUCACCGUAUCCUGGUAUUGAUUUAACGGAUGUUUUCCACAAAUUGGAAUCGGGUUAUCGAAUGGAGAGACCGUCCGGCUGUCCACCAGAAGUGUAUGAUCUAAUGAGACAAUGUUGGCAGUGGAAUGCUCAAGAGAGGCCGACCUUCAAAAACAUUCAUCAUGCUCUGGAGCAUAUGUUUCAGGAAUCAUCAAUAACCGAGGCUGUGGAAAAGCAACUUGCAUUGCAGAAUAGUUCAACACCACAAAUGGGUAAAAAACCGCAAAUGGGAACGCACGUUCACCAAGAACAACCCAUGACACCAAUGUCAGAUUGCUCAACUACAUCGAAACUAAGUACAUUUUCUACCAGCGGAAAGGCGAAUGUGCAAAUGAGACGAACGACAAACAAGCGUGGAAAGCAAGCACCGGCUCCACCGAAACGAACCAGUCUCCUGUCGACGAGUCGAGAUUCUACAUAUCGCGAUGACGACGGAAAGGACGACAUCAACACAAAUGGUACAAUUGCAAAAUCUUCUUCUUGCAGUAGUUUUUUAAUCGAUAUGUUAUUCAGAGGUCUAUCUCGUGAAAUAGCUGGUCUAGCAAAUCGCGGCGGUGGUGGUAACAACAGCGGAAAAGAAGGACCCGAAUCGGAAACCGAUCAAACGGAAAUUACACCAGACACUGACACCGACAGCCAGGAACCGCUCCACAAACAUCAAAGUUCGUUCAAACGGCCGGCUCCAGUAAUGGGUCAUCGUGGCCUUGAAACGCGCAACAGCAAACGAUCCCAUCACCAACAGUCCCAUCACAAAAAGGAUCAUUCACCCGUUGCUAAUUCGGGUUUGUCACCGGUCAACCAGCCUUUAGUCGGUGCACUUGAAGUGCAAAAUGUUAAACGUGCAAUCAAUCGUUACGGUACUUUGCCGAAAGGUGCACGUAUCGGCGCCUAUCUGGAGUCUCUACGACAAACUGGAGAUGCUAAUCAACAGGUGCCGAAUCAGCCCAUCGUUCCCGAACCGCCACCAAUGAUUGUAGCACCGAGUGCCUUGUCACCGCGUGUGGUUAUGAAAACGCAACCGCAAAUGAUCCGAAGUAAUUCAUCGGGCGGCGUUACGAUGGCAAACAACGCAACCGCUAGUUUGAAUAAACUUCAACGACAUCGUACUACGACUGAUGGUUCGAUGAUAACAUUUUCGUCAUUCCGAGGCACCAGUGGUAGUCCUAAACGUGCAAUAAAUCCGUCGUUGGCUGAUUUAGAAUUUCCUCCACCGCCAUUAGAUCUACCACCACCGCCAGAAGAAUUUGAAGCAGCCGAUGAUGAAAUGUCAUCUCGUCUUCCGAACCAAAUGAGCCAGUCGAUGGCACCAUCCAACGAUGUAAGCAACACAGAGCCGAGCGUAGAAGAGGCAAGUUCUCGAUUUGGGGUUAGUUUAAGAAAGCGCGAACCAUCCACAGAUUCGUGUAGUUCCUUAGGUAGUCCAGGUCCCGCUGAACUGCCUGAUACCACGUCGGUCAAGGAAAAAUUGGAAAUGAAAUUGGUGGCCGAAAUUAAGGAACGAGCCGACAAAAAACCGUCUAUUGACGUGGUGAAUCACGUGUCCAAUAACAAGACUGUUGAUCCAGUUUCGCAAUUGGUUAGUGAAUUAGCCGAAACGAUGAAUCUACCAAAACCCGUAACGGAUAAGAAAGUCGGCGGCAAUUUGCCAACGAAAACGAACGAACAGCUGCAGCCAACGAAUUCGUUCAAGGCUCAAUUGAAGAAAGUCGAACCGAAGAAAAUCCUUUCCACUCCGCCGAAAGAGGAAACCAAUUCCAUAAUCGAUUUCAAGUCUCGACUGCGCAAAGUCGAAAAUAAUAACGAAAACGAUGCGAUCGACGAUAACAAAAAGUCGUCGGAUUCGGACAGUUUGGAGCAUUGCAAAUCGAAUAGUGAUGGCGGUGGCGACGACGACAGUCGAAAGUCAAUAAAGAAAAUUGAGAUUAUUAGUAAGAAGAACGGUGAUAGUAAGUUAAUUGAACAUGACAACAACGUAACAACAGCUGUGUCGAAUCGCAAAAAAUCGAUUUCGGAUAAGAAUAAGGUGAUCGAACUGAAAAAGACUGAAAUUAAAAUAGACAUUCAAGAAGAGCCGAAACGUGACAGUGUGGAAAGCGUAAUCAUAUCAUCGAAAUCAGACGACGAUGAUAAGCGAAAGAGUACCGGUAGCAUAAGCAGUUUGAAAAAACUGUGGGAAGCCAAAGAGGGAACCAACGAACAGAUGCAGCUGAGCCCCAAGCUGGGCGUCAAAAAUUCCAUUUCCAAUAACAACAAGAACGGUGACGACGAAAACGAAGACCAUCAGCUGCUGAACAAAAAGCCGGCCGUUCCCAUCAAACCGAAAUUGGUCAGCAUUUAUGCGACGCCGAUUCAAGUGAAACUGUCACAGAACGAAACCAAUACAACGACCGCACCGGUAACCAUGACAACAACACAGAUCAAUCGUGAGGGAAUCUUGGAACUAGUUUCGCUGCUCGAGGGCAGUUUAAAAAUUCCGGUCAAUUCCAUAUCGGCAUCGCAGUGGCUCCAGUUGAGUGAUAAAUUGAAUAUUUUGCAAAAUUCGUGUGUUGUCUUUGCCGACAGAGAAACAAUGCCGCCACACUCGAAAUUCCAUUUUCGCGAAGUGGUCACACGUGUGGAAACGCAGUCGCGCAAUCUCCGAUCGGCUGGCACUAAAAACGUUCAAGACAAUGAAAAACUGGUGUCCGAAGUGGGACAAUCACUCAAACAAAUAUCAAAUGCAUUGCAUCGGUAGAUUUUAGAACGACAGAACACCCAAUUCCCGUUAGAAGUUUUGAACUGAAAACUUUUUAAAUUUUUUACUUUUCGUCGUGCUCGUUUAAUUCGUGCUGUGCGGACUACAUUUAACAUUUUAUUUAAAGAAAAAAAAAACUUUUAAAACUUUCCAUCAAGCAAACUCAAUGGUCGCCUAGACGAGACAACAGAACCAAAAACAAAUUCGAAAAAAAAAAUCAUUUUUAUUCAUGACCGUGCAUUGUGUGUGUGUUUAAGGUAACGUUUUUAACGAAUUUUAAUUUUAAAAAUUAUUUUUUUCUUGCAUUGAUCUCCUCUCAAAAGAAAAAGAAAAAUUAGACUGAUUGCACCAUGAAUGUCAUUCCUAAGUUGUUCGAGACGGAUGAGUUUGUUUGGAUUUUAAUAUAUUUAUACAGCGACUUACGACGUUCGAUAGAUUCAUUUUUGUGAUGAAUCGGUGUGCUCCGACAACCCUGAGUACCCUGAGUAAGAUUAUGUCGAAGACACGCUCUACACUUAUUUAAGCCAGUUGUCAUCAAUGACUUGACGAUUCGAUUUCUAAGGAUCAAAAAGAUGGUCGGAGUGUCAUUGUUUCGCGUAAUUGAUUUCCUUCUUCCAAGAUGCACGCACGUUUUCAGUUCAAUUUUCUUUUUAUUUGAUAAUUUGAUUUUAAUCCAAGUUUUUUUUUUUGUAGAAAGAAAUCGUUGACACAAUACUCAACGGUUUUUAAACGAUUUUAAUAUUUAAAUUAAAACACUUAGUUUGUAAGGGUAUAAAAACACAUACAUAGGCUUCAAGUACUAUUCUCUAUUUUGUUAUAAAUAUAAAUACAAAAUCUGUCUAAAAUUGAUAAAAGUAAUUUUAAUAAAAAACAUAAUAAACAUACAAAAUGCUAGUCGUAAAUGAUAAAUAUUUCUUUUAGUUGUAUAAGCGUACAGUUGUAGCCCCGGAUAUAAUAAAUAAAGAUAGGAAUUUAA